GUCUCCAAAAAUUUCAUCCCCGGCUUCUUUUAUACCCGCAGCCAACCUCUCUUUCAGCUCGCUUUCCCCCUCAAACACGCACGUGACCUCAAAUCAAAAUUGAUGGCCUCGUCAUCAGCGCACGAGCAGCAUCACCACCACCACCUCCGUACGCCGUACGGAACCACCGCUGCUCCGCCGCCAACUCCCUCAUCGCAGCCCAACCUCUCAUCCACCUCAGGACACGCCGACGCUCUCUCCCUUCUCCUCCACCGCCUCCCGCCUACUCUCUCCUUUCCCAGCCGCCUCUCCCCUCCGUCCAACAAAACCGCCGCCGUUCCUUCCGUCUCGCUAUCGGAGCCCGCGGAGGUCCUCUCCGCCUGUAAACAGCUCGGAUUCUUCCAGCUCAGUCGCCACGCCGUCGAAUCGGAGCUAGCGAACUCGGCCGAGUCCGUGGCUCGCUCUCUCUUCGACCUGCCGCACGAUCGAAAGGAAAUGUUCUUCCCGAAAAACUGGCCGUUAGGUUUCGAUUCCGAAGCCGACGACGACGAUCACGGCGCCGGCGGCGCCGGCGAGUCGUUCUGCCUCGACUCGGCGUGUUCCGCCGAGGAAACCGAGUUGGACUUGAGUUCUCUCCGUGCGUUCACUCGCGAAAUGGAAAAGAUUGGGAAGGAGGUUACGGAAGCACUGGCUUCCAUUGUCGGGUUCGAUAACCCGGCCCGUGAAGACCCCACACGGGUCAGUCCAUUAUUGUGGAUUUCCGACGGGUCUUCCGUCAGCACACCCGUUUUAACGGGUCGGAUGUAUCCAUUUGUUAUCGGGUUACAGUACCAAAUAAGAUGCCAGAAAUACCAUAUGUUAACGGAUUCGGGUUGGGUCUCUAUAUCCCCGGAGGUGGACUCUAUUUUGGUCACCGUCGGCGACAUUGCUCAGGUAUGGAGCAAUGGGAAGGUACAGAAAGUGAGAGGAAGGACAGUCCCUGGAGGGGAGGAUGGGUCACGCUGCAUAUCAAUCACUCUUCUCAUCACUCUCCCCCUCGACAGCAUUGUCUCUCCUAUGCUUCCCAACCCAGAAAAAGACGAGGAGCACGAAGAGGAGGAUAGUAAAGAAGAAAGAAUGUUCAAUCCCUUCCAGUUCGAGGAUUACGCCUGGAGAAUCUACCAUGAACGCCUUCUCCUUAAGGAUCCUCUUCUCAGAUACCGUCUCUGAAAUCCUCCUUCAUCGCCCAGAUGAAUGCCACGCACCCUCUUAUUUAUGUUUUAUCAUGACAGUGGUGACAAUAUUGUUGUUAUGUUGUCGUACGUUUUUCUUCUUUCAUUUUUUAAUUUUUUCUGCUUGGCUUUAAAUUAAAUUAAAGUCAUCAUUAAUGACCUUAUGGUGAUUACUGCAGUUUGCUUUUGUACUGUGUCUCCUUUAGCACUUUGUGAUACUGGUGGGGUAUUGGUAUUACAGGCUACACCGUAUUAUGGCAGGUGAAUUUUAGUUGUACCCACUUUUGAUUAUUAUGUAACUAUAUUGUAUGAAGAUUUUUAUCAUUCUUGAUUUU